CACAGUCAGCCACGUGUGCUCAGAAGAGAGUGGUCCAGUAUAAAUGGAUGACAGAGUUCGCAUGUGUAGUCGGUGAUUAACCCUGUUCAACAUGAGGUAAAGCAGGUCGCCCGGCCAACUUCUGCAAAUGGUCCUCCUGAAGCACGGCUAGAAAAGAAGGCUGAUGAGGGCUCAGAGUCACUGCAGCCCCCAGGAAGAAGUAAUGGACAACCCAGAAAAAUCCCAGAGUUCCUUGCAGCUUAGAAAGGAAAAUCGGUGGAGUUGGAUGAGGAGAGUCUGCCUGAGAGUGAGCUUCACUGUUCUCUUCUGUGUAAUGUUCCAGAUUCUGGGUCUUUUGUCUCUUCAGCAAGUACUGUGGGAUGCAGGGAGCUGUUGUCCUCUCUUGGCAACAGCUAUACUGGGAACUGUGCUGACAGGCUCUGGGAUCCUCUAUUGUCUUAAAACAGUUGUCCGACAGUUCUCAACAGAGGCAAGACGGCAGUCGAUGAGCCGGCAGCCCUCCUUCACCUAUUUUGAAUGGCCUGAAGAGACAACAGAUGAAAUCCCUGACCCAGAGUUCAAAGAUCUUGAUCUAGAAGAUAUUGAGGGCCAAGUCUUUUACCAGCCCGAGGAGCAGGAACAGGUAGAGAAUCAGGUUCAGGUUCAAACCCUUGAGGGCUCCACAGAUCUGGUGUCAGAGUCAGUGGAUCAGUCAACACUUGCUGUUAAACCGGUGGGACUUCAGGAGAGGAGAGGCUCAAAUGUAUCACUGACCCUUGACAUGUGUACACCAGGAAGUGAAGACGCUGAUGGAGUGCUGUUGUCGCCCAGGGAACAGUCAGCUCGGGAGUACUUGCAAACAGCAUCCAACCUACUCACUUCACAGAAACUGCAUGAGCGAGCCAUGGACUCUUUCACACUUCAGAGAGAGUUCCUGGAAAUACCAAUGAAUUUUGUUGAUCCAAAUGAAUUUGAUAUUCCAGGCUUUGGAUUGAAGAAUCGUUACAAGACUAUCCUACCAAAUCCCCACAGCAGAGUGUGCCUUACUAUUAAAUCAUCAGAGGAUCCACUUAGUUCAUAUAUUAAUGCUAACUAUAUUAGGGGCUAUGGAGGGGAGGAAAAGGUGUACAUUGCUACUCAGGGACCAAUUGUGAACACCGUGUCGGAUUUCUGGACAAUGAUUUGGCAGGAAAGGUCAACCAUUGUUGUCAUGAUCACAAACCUGGAAGAGAAGAAUGAGAAAUGUACAGUGUAUUGGCCUGAGUAUCAAGCCAAUUAUCAAGGAAUCGAAGUCAUUGUCAACAACGUCCUACAUGCAGAUGAUUACAGUUUGAGAAACAUCACCCUGAAGGAUGGUUUUGAGGAACGACAUUUAAAGCACUACUGGUACACAUCCUGGCCAGAUCAGAAGACACCAGACAAUGCUCGACCACUUUUACAACUAGUGCAAGAAGUGGAAGAAGCCAGAAUGCAAGCAAAGAAGGACAACAGUGGACCAGUUAUAGUCCACUGCAGUGCGGGCAUAGGGAGAACAGGUUGUUUCAUUGCCACCAGCAUCUGUUACCGAGAGCUCAAGUAUGCUGGCAUGGUUGAUGUACUGAGGACAACUUGUCAGCUCAGGAUAGACAGGGGAGGUAUGAUCCAGACAUGUGAACAGUAUCAGUUUGUGCACCAUGCCCUGAGCUUGUGUGAAAGACAGUUAUCCCAACAAGCAGAAGAAUGAGUGACAGGGAUCCAGCCGUGGACCAAAGUGACAGAAACAGUCUUGUUGACUAUUUUAUAAUCAUAGUUUUACGUUAUUCAUCAGACAAAUGAUGCUGAUGUGUACAUGUGUGUGUGAGUAUGGUUCUCAACCAUAAUGUUUCUGUGUUGGCGAUCUUGACUUGCAAUACCCUAGCCUUCAUACGCUUAGAGAACAGUUUUACAGUUUAUCAAUUGUGCAGGAGUUAAGAGAUCAGAUACACUGGUACCUCACUUAGCUCUCAGAAUGUGUUGCGAGGAAUAGGAAUAAGAGGACAAAUAGAAUUUCUACUAAAAUGGACCAUUAUGGACCGUUCAUUUCUAAUUCAAAAUGUCGCUGUGCCAGAAAACUGGAGCAACCUCCACACUCCCUGCAUCCAGGUGCUGCUGUGCUUGGAAACUGACUGCUAGGAACUUGGAGUGAAUCCAGCAAUUAACCAA